AUGAGCGACAACACCUACGUAGCGCCGCUUCAUCCUCGUCCCGGGGACCGAUCGCGCGAGGAUGGUCGAGAGUUCAAGUUGCUGCACUUCAUCUAUGAUCAGCCCAACCGAGACGAGAUCCAGGGCAACCCCCAGAAAGUCUUAGAUCUUAUCGACGAGUUUGCGCAGACAUAUCACUUCAUGAACAUCGGACCGGACAAGGGCAAGUUUAUCACAGAGAUCAUCGCCGAGCGCAAGCCUGAGGUCAUGAUUGAGCUCGGUGGUUAUGUCGGGUACUCUGCCAUUCUCUUCGGCGAUGCCGUGCGCCGGGCCGGUGGAAAGCGAUACUAUAGUCUCGAACUGAACCCCGAGUAUGCCGCCAUUGCGAACAUGCUACUGGACCUUGCCGGUCUGCGCGACUUUGUGCGCAUUAUAGUCGGUCGCAGUGAUCUGUCCCUGCACAAGCUGUUCAGCAGCGGCGAGGUCAAGCAGGUGGAGGUGCUAUUCAUUGACCACUACAAGCCUGCCUACACCACCGACUUGAAGCUCUGUGAGCAGCUGGGCAAGAUUGUGCCAGAGGUGUCGGUCGUGAUCGCGGACAACGUGCUGUACCCCGGCAACCCGCCUUAUUUAGAAUAUGUCCGCAGUACGGUGGAGCAGAAGCGCGAGGCGGCUAAGAAGGGCCCUGAACGGACGUACAACAAAGAGGGCAUUCCGGACAGGACCGUGCAGUCCUUCCUCGGCGCAGAUGCGACCCCUCAGUUCGACAUAAUCGGCAACCCGAACCUCGUCUACGAGAGCAAACUCGUGAAGCCGGAAACCACCAGGGAUGCUAUCGAGGUAACCCGAUGUGUGGGGGUACAAGAGUAG